AUGGCCAGGGCUGGCCAGGACCAUGGAGAGCUGGCGAAGAGCCUGCUGGCGGAGCUGGACAGCAGCCCACUGCUCAUGGGGAAGUUGGCUGAGUUGCUUGGGCCGGGACUGGCCUGCAGCUUCGAGCUGGCUGGAGACAAUCCUCCAAGGCACAGUGGAGCCAAGGCUGUGGACGGUGACGCCAAGAACAGCCAGGUUCUACUGGCUUCUACCCUGCUGACCAGGGCCAGGAGUGUGGGUGCUGAGAGAAUGUCCAGCAGCUGCUGUAUUGAGUCUCAUGACUUAAGCUCAGCUGACAUGCAGCGGCCCCUCACUGUGAGCCCUAGCACCACUGAGGACUUUGUCGGGGAGCAAAGCCUGUCCCAGCAGGCAGGGCCCCCUGGCCAUGCUGUGCCCAGCUCUGAUCCCCCUUCUGAGCCUGCCUUCCGGGACGUGGCCAUGCUGGCGCUGGGGCAGGAUGCUGCCAUGGCUCCGCUGGGACUCUACUUCGCCAGGGAUGCUUACUGGGAGAAACUCUACGUGGACCAGCCAGCUGGCAUGCCCCUGCUCUACGUCCAUGCCCUGCGGGACAUGCCGGAGGAGGUGCCCACCUUCCGCCUGGGCCAGCACCUCUACGGCAUCGCCUACCGUGCAAGGCUGCAUGAGAACGACUGGAUUCGCAUCGAGGAGGACACUGGCCUUCUCUACCUUAACCGGAGCCUGGAUCACAGCACCUGGGACAAGCUCAGCAUCCGCAAUGGCGGCUUCCCUGUGCUCACCAUCUACCUCCAGGUCUUCCUGUCACCUACAUCCCUGCGUGAGGGCGAGUGCCAAUGGCCCGGCUGUGCCCGUGUGUACUUCUCCUUUGUCAACACCUCCUUCCCGGCUUGUGGUUCCCUCAAACCCCGGGAGCUCUGCUUUCCUGAGACAGGUGUCUCCUUCCGCAUCAGAGAGAAUAGGCCUCCUGGCACUUUCCACCAGUUCCGCCUGCUGCCUGUGCAGUUCCUCUGCCCCAACAUCAGCGUGGCCUACAGGCUCCUAGAAGGUGAGAACCUGCCCUUCCACUGCGCCCCGGACAGCCUGGAGGUGAGCACGCGCUGGCCCCUGGAUCGCGAGCUGCGGGAGAAGUACGAGCUGGUGGCUGCUUGCACGGUGCGCGUCGGCGCACGCAAGGAGGAGGUGGUGAUGGUACCCUUCCCCGUGACCGUGUAUGAUGAGGACGACUCGGCGCCCACCUUCCUCGGGGGCAUCGACACCGCCAGCGCUGUGGUGGAGUUCAAGAGGAAGGAGGGCACUGUGGUGGCCAAAAUACGUGUCUUCGAUGCAGACGUGGUGCCGGCAUCCGGGGAGCUCCUGAAGCGAUACACAAACACACUACUCUCUGGGGAUGCCUGGGUCCUCCAGACAUUCCGUAUCGAGCACUCCCCCAACGAGACCUUGGCCCAGGCCAACGGCAGCUUUGUGCGGGCAACUGUGCAUGACUACAGGCUGGUUCUCAACCGGAGCCUCCCCAUCUCGGAGAACCGCUCCCUGCAGCUGACCGUGCUGGUCAAUGACUCGGACUUCCAGGGCCCCGGGGAGGGCACCCUCUUCCUCCACUUCAACGUGUCCGUGCUGCCUGUCAGCUUGCACUUGCCCAGCACCUACAUCUUCACUGUGAGCAGGCGGGCCCGCCGCUUUGCCCAGAUUGGGAAAGUCUGUGUGGAAAACUGCCAGGAGUUCAGCGGCAUCCACGUGCAGUACAGGCUGCAGCUCUCCAGCACCAACUGCAGUGUCCUGGGGGUGGUCACCUCAGCCGAGGACACCACAGGGAACCUUUUCGUGAACGACACAGAAGCCCUGCAGCGGCCCAAUUGCUCUCAACUCCGGUACACGGUAGUGGCUGCCGACCGGCCAACCCGCAAGCAGACCCAGGCCCUGCUGGUUGUCACCGUGGAGGGGACAUAUGUGGCUGAGGAGCCAGGCUGCCCCCUGUCCUGUGCAGUCAGCAAGAGACGCCCUGAAUGUGAGGAGUGCGGUGGCCUGGGCUCUCUGACGGGCAGGUGCGAGUGGAGACAGGGAGAUGGCAAAGGAAUCACCAGGAACUUCUCCACCUGCUCCCCCAGCAUCAAGACCUGCCCCGACGGCCACUGUGAUGCCGUGGAGAGCAGAAAUGUCAACAUCUGCCCCCAGGACUGCCUCCGGGGCGGCAGCAUCAUUGGUGGGCAUGAGCCAGGGGAGCGCUGGGGGAUUAAAGCUGGCUUCGGUAUCUGCAACUGUUUCCCAGAGGAGAAGAAGUGCUUCUGCGAACCUGAAGACAGCCAGGAGCCGCUGUGUGACGAGCUCUGCCGCACGGUGAUCGCAGCCGCUGUGCUCUUCUCCUUCGUCGUCUCCAUGCUGCUCUCCACCUUCUGCAUCCACCGCUACCACAAGAAUGCCCACAAGCCACCCAUUGCCUCUGCUGAGAUGACCUUCCGCCGGCCUGCCCAGGCCUUCCCGGUCAGCUACUCCUCGUCCGGCGCCCGCCGGCCCUCUAUGGACUCCAUGGAGAACCAGGUCUCUGUGGACGCCUUCAAGAUCCCGGAGGAUCCAAAGUGGGAAUUUCCUCGAAAGAACUUGGUUCUUGGGAAAACCCUGGGAGAAGGCGAAUUUGGAAAAGUGGUUAAGGCGACAGCCUUCCGGCUGAAAGGCAAAGCAGGGUACACAACCGUGGCCGUGAAGAUGCUGAAAGAGAAUGCUUCCCCAAGUGAGCUGCGGGACCUGCUGUCAGAGUUCAACCUCCUGAAGCAGGUCAACCACCCACAUGUCAUCAAGCUGUAUGGGGCCUGCAGCCAGGACGGCCCGCUCUUCCUCAUUGUGGAGUAUGCCAAGUACGGUUCCCUGCGGGGCUUCCUCCGAGAGAGCCGCAAGGCGGGGCCCGGCUACGUGGGCAGCGGAGGCAGCCGCAGCUCCAGCUACCUGGACAACCCCGAGGAGCGGGCCCUGACCAUGGGCGACCUCAUCUCCUUCGCCUGGCAGAUCUCUCGGGGGAUGCGGUACCUGGCUGAGAUGAAGCUUGUCCAUCGGGACUUGGCAGCCAGAAAUGUCCUGGUAGCUGAGGGGCGGAAGAUGAAGAUUUCAGAUUUUGGCCUGUCCCGAGACGUUUAUGAAGAGGAUUCCUAUGUGAAGAGGAGCAAGGGUCGGAUUCCAGUCAAAUGGAUGGCAAUUGAGUCUCUUUUCGAUCAUAUCUACACCACCCAAAGUGAUGUGUGGUCCUUUGGUGUCCUGCUGUGGGAGAUUGUGACUCUGGGGGGCAACCCCUACCCUGGGAUCCCUCCGGAGCGGCUUUUCAACCUCCUGAAGACAGGCUACCGGAUGGAGAGGCCUGACAACUGCAGUGAGGAGAUGUACGGUCUCAUGCUGCAGUGUUGGAAGCAGGAACCAGACAAGAGGCCAGUGUUUGCUGACAUCAGCAAAGACCUGGAAAAGAUGAUGGUUAAGAACAGAGACUACUUGGACCUGGCUGCCUCCACCCCAUCCGACUCCCUGCUUUAUGACGACGGCCUCUCGGAGGAGGAGACGCCCCUGGUGGACUGUAAUAAUGCUCCCCUCCCUCGAGCCCUCCCCUCCACGUGGAUUGAAAACAAACUCUAUGGCAUGUCAGACCCGAACUGGCCUGAAGAGAGUCCUGUACCACUCACGAGAGCUGAUGGCACUAACACUGUGUGUCCAAGAUAUGCAAAUGAUAGUGUAUAUGCUAACUGGAUGGUUUCACCCUCAGCGGCACAAUUAAUGGACGCAUUUGAUAGUUAA